CUGUCCAGACAAGGACACUUGAGAAAACCUUUGGGUGUUGCCUAACUUACAUUGUCGGAAAGCAUCUCGCCAACUGACUCAUCUUACUUCAGCGGCUGCUGCGUGCUCCUGAAGCUUCUCCCCGAUGUCUCCGCUUUGGGCUCCCGGACUAGUGUGGCUGAUUUGCAGCAUCACCUCUCCACCUCUGCGGGGACAUGCCAUGGAGUCAAGUGGAGCUGCUAAGAAGGCCUGUGGCCACAGAAAAACCUGCAUGGGAAUAGUGUAUGACAUCGACGAGGCUGUGUGCUGUGAGAACCGACUUCACCCAGGGGCAGGACUGUCAUGUUGUGGGAAAGAGCCGUUCAACCUCACUCUAGCCACUUGUUGUAAAGAAAGACAUGGAGGAACAUUAACAGCUACUGUUUCAGUGGGUCUAAGUGAAAAGGUGUCCGCUUGCUGCGGACUGCAGGCUUACAACCCACUCAAUGAAAUAUGCUGUCAGUCAACCGUCGCAGCCAAGCCUGUGCCAAUGGCCCAAUGUUGUGGUACAAGGGCUUUUGAUGAGGAGGAGCAACUGUGUUGUGGAAAGAUUCAUGACAAGAUGAUCCUGACGAGGACAUCCAAACGCCACAAGUGCUGUGGUCAUGACCAGUAUGACACCAUGACUCAUUGCUGCUGCGGUGUGACUGACGUUCUCCAGAUACAACUCAUUCAAUCAAAAUGCUGUGAAGAGUAUUCAGCUCAGAUCCUGCAACCGAAGUUUUGUGGUAAAGUGACUUUUGAUGUGGAAAGGCAGCUGUGUUGUGGUCCGAUUCACGACAAAAACAUCCUGAACAGGACAUCCAGUCGCCACCGGUGCUGCAGUGGUCAUGACCAGUAUGACACUGCGACUGAGUGCUGCUUUAUGAUUAAUGGAGUUCUUACCGUACAAGGCAUCAAUUCCACCUUCUGCCAAAAUGAUCCAGGUGGGCGGCCAAAGUCACCUGCACCUCGGCCCUACUGCACUGAGCCGGACACAAGUCUCUGUGGAUCAUUGUGUUACAACCCAGAGGAACGUCACUGUUGUGAGAGAAACCAGACAAUGAGCCAUUGGUGCUGCAACUCAGGUCCAUGUGAUGCCACCCCCACAGUGUAUAACCCACGUACACAUGUCUGCUGCGAUGGCUGCCUAUCUGAGUGGAAGCCUUGGCUAGAUCAAUGCUGCGGACAGUCGGCAUAUGGCUUGGCACAACGUAGAGUUCUCUGUUGUAAUAACACCUUGUACAAGGACAGAGAAGAUGGCGAGGAAUGUUCAGAGAUCAGUUUUCCUUUCAACCCAGCUAAAGGGACUACAUGUUGUUCACAGUUUCAUGGCUCACCUGGACAACACUGCUGUGGGACAGAAACGUACCGGCCUCACUCUGAGAUCUGCUGCAAUGGACACAGACAUCCUAAAGUAGAAAAUGGUCAUUGCUGUGGGAUUCACACCUACAACAUCAAAGACCCACAGAUGAAGUGCUGUGCACGGACACUGUACAACCUGUCAUCCUUAGGCAAGCAUUGGCUAGAGGCGCAAUGCUGUGGAUCCAUUCUGCAAACGCCACAGAACCAGAAUGUUUGCUGCUCAAGUGAGGACGAGGAGUUGCUCUACUCUAAAAAGAAAGGAUUGAGAUGCUGUGGCCACCUCUACUAUGACACCUCUCUGUGGUCGUGCUGUGCCGGCAAGCUACGUCCUGCACACCAACCAGGACAGGAUCAGGCCAAGAUGAAUAUAGAAUCCAGAUUUCAGUCAGUGAACAACUUGAAUAAAACAUAUCUUUGUGAAGAAAUGAAAAUCGGGACUGUGGAAAGCGCGUCUCUGCGCAGCAUCGUGUUCACCGGUGUGCUGAAAAUCCAUGGAGUAAAUGCCACUGUUAAAGCUCUGCCGUCGCCUUACAUCCUGAACACAACAGAUCGCUGCAACUCCCCUUUACUAAUCCCUGGCAAGGCCUACUUCUUUGAUGGAUUUAAAGUGUUCACUGAUUUCAACCAUGACACAUCUCUUUUGUCAGUCCAUUACAUUAUUUCCAGAUGUUAUCAUCUUUAAGUCAACACUUGCCAAUUUGUGUCCAGGCUUGACAAUAACUAGAAAAACAACAUCAUGUUACUUAUUACUCACUGAUAACUCAUCAUUUGGCUCUAUUUUCAUUUGUCACAUUUGUGCAUCUGGUCUGUGUGCAAGAGUGUCAUGGUUUAUUUUCUGUUUUCCCAACUGCAUUCACCUCUUGAUAUUCUUCUAUUCUGAAAAAUGAAGGUUAAGUUGUUGCGGCAGUGUGUAAGAAUCUUAACGUGUCAUUUCAUUUUCACUUGAGCUUAACUGGUAUUUUUCAAUAGUUUGUCUUUAGUUAGUCAGUAGCUUUAUGCUUGUUUGAUUCUUACAUACUAGUUGGCAAUUGCUUGAACCUCCACCAUAUAAUUGUGUGUUUACAUGUAAAUGAGAUGAUUUAUCAUGUCAUUAUUAAUAAAGCUAAUAAUUUAGGUAGUUUAUCAAAAAUAUCGGGUAUAAUUGUGUUAAGUAUAUCAUCAACCAAAGCUUCCACUGUGGUGCCUUUAAUCUCUUUUGCUCUAUUAAAAAAAAUGACAUUUUUCAUGUGAAGGAGUACAGUAAAAUACUUUUUAUAUUUCUCUGUCAUACAGUGUUUCUUAAGUAUAUAAAUAAUAUUAUUUUAAGCUAUUUGAUACUGACUACAGAAGCAGCAAAAACUGUGCUACGGUGUCUAUUAAUUAAAUUCAUGUUUUAAAUA